GCAUGUACUAGAAACACUCCAACGAAGAAGCUGCACCUUCAAAUCUUUGCUUCGCUUGAAAGCAAGUGCAUCUGGUCAGAAGUCGCAAGGAUUACAUGAAGCGGUCGUAGGGAUCAAUCUUGCGAUCUUGUUGUUCUUCAACACACAGAAAUUCGUCGCCCCUUAUUGCUAAAUCUGCUCGAGAUUUAUAUUGUUUACCCUACACAAACUGAUUACCGACGGAUCAGCUUUCGUGUGAGGACCUUGCAUAAGGAAAGCUGGCAUUUAACUCCGUGUACUAUGGAUCGCGGCCACAGAGCCACAUAGGUAUAGGAGGCCUGUUAGCACAUCGACAUGGUGUUGGCCAUCAACAAUAUAAAGGUUUCGCACGGGCACUGGAAGAGGGGGGCAUCUGACCUUGAUCUCUAUGAAGCCAUUCAAGAGCUUCUCGAGAAUGCCAUGUAUGCUGAGGGCAAAGCCAACGCGACAGAGGCCCACAUCUACACCUUGAAAGUCCGUCUGGGACCUGAAGACACGAAGGAAAUUCUGAUAAUAAGGGACAAUGGCACCGGCUUCUCCUCCACCUUUUUCGAAGAGGAGGCUUCCUCCCUGGGACACACAAGGGGUUACACCGCAAAGUAUCUUGUUGAAAAGAAGGGGCUUGGGAGGCAUGGAGGUGGCAUGAAGAACAGCUUGCCCCCCUUGGCUGAUGAUGUGUACACGUUUGUCUGCCACGGCCACGGCGCCCAGAGGGAGCGUUACAUUGUCAGGAAUGGGGAGACUCUCAACAAAGCCCUGGCACAGCAUGGCAAGGAGUCCCUGCAGUGGGCAUACCUGCCGGGGACGGACAUGAUGCUAGCUGGGGAUGACAGCACCUUCAAAGACUCCUUUGCAGCGCUGCUGGACCUGUUCAAGGAGUUUGGGGAGGGCACAGGAACAAUGUUUGUGAUUGCCACCCCCUGCAGCGAGCCUCCCAAUCGCCUGAUCCCAGCCGACAUCGAUGGCAGGCCGGACCUGGUUCGCGACCAUGACAACAAGGGGUUGCAUGAGGCCUUGUGGAAUGAGCAGUAUCCGGGGAGGGCCUUUGAGGAGCUGCCCAUCAAGUUCUUCGUGCAGCGCCAGAAGGAGCCGGUGGAUUUGAGCGCCAAUUGCAUCGUGGCUGCAGCAGAGGCGUCUGGCAGUGUCAGCCCUGUCAUCCCCAUCCAGCACCCCAGCGGCACCCUCGGCUGGCUGCUGCUCGCAUACCAGGACAAAGAUGCGACACCGCGCUUGGAAAUGGCAAACGACAGAAAGUCUGGGCUUCACAUGGCCAUUGUGUGCCGCAUGCUCGACCGAGAGCCCUCCUUCUUCUCCAAGGCGGAUUCACAGAGCCAAUUCAUCAUCAAAGCGGAGUACUUCAAGGCAAAGAAUGCUUACAAGUAUCUUGAGGAGAUGGUGAGUGUGGACGAGUCUGUGCUGGAGGGUGUGCCCCAGGAGAUGCACCCCAAGAUGCCCUUCACCCUGCAACAGGCAGUCAGAUGGAACCAGCGCGGCGGAGGCAGGAACAACUACUGGUCCCUGGGCGGGGCAGGAGUCAUAGGGGUCUUUGUUGCCAACGAGGCGAUCUUCACCGUCAAUGUUGACAAGGAUGGUCUGAAGGACAGCCAGCUGACGCCAUUCCUGCACGCCAAGCUGAUGGAACACAUGAUGGCCUGGGUUUACAACAACCCCCCACCAGACAUGGCCGCCGCAAUAGCAAAGCGCCAGGAGACGCUGGCAAAGCAGCAGGCACAGGCGGCUGCCAGGGCGGCCAAGGCAGCUGCCGCAAAGGCGGCCAGGGAGGCGCAGGGAGCCACAGUGAAGGUGGAGGAAGCUGCCCCUGCCACGCCGCGGUCCACAUCGGCCAGAGCUGCUAAGGCAAAGGCGUCAAAUCGCAUCACAAGCAAGCUCGCCCUGGAGGGGGCUCCGGAGCAUGUGGCGCUGGGGGCGCGAUUGCGCAAGAUGUCGCCAGCUGGCACGAAAAAGAAGUCUGCCAAGCGGAACCUGCAUCCGGCAGACAGCGAGGAUGUGGCUGCCCCCAAGACACCAGGCCAGAAGGGCAAGCGGCCGCGCCAGGCCGACUCCUCCGACGGCGCCAUCGGUGACGGUGACGUGGAUCUGGAGUGGGAGGCGUUCCUGGGCGACCCGGGGAAGCGAAGGGGCGCCGAAGCGACCACCAACAUGGCAAUCCUGCUCGGCCGCAAACUGAUGGCGGUGGUUGCAGAUCCGCCGAGCGCCGAGCAGCUGGAGCGGGUGGACGCAAUUUUCAAAUCGCUCGGCAAGAUGCCCGUCGCAUAG